GCAGAGUGGCGGAGGAGACAAGUGUGAGGUAGCGAGGAGCAUGGAGGGAUUCGUUGUCGGAGCCGGGAAUGCAACCCACCAAGAUGCGCUUGUGCGUCACUCCUCACGUUCCAAACCUCAAUUUCUGCGCUGAUAGAAAUUUUCUUCUCAGACCCAACUCACGGAACAGCUUUGUUGUUACUGCACGGGCGCGCGAUAGAGUGAAGCGAAUUGGGAGGGGAAGGAUGGCUCCGAGGGCGAUAGGUACGGGGAAACGCACGAAGAACGACGACGAGGUGGCGGAAGAAGCCUUGCGUCUUCUCAACGAAGCCAACAACCUUCCCCGCCUGGUUGUCUUCGAUUUGGACUACUCUCUUUGGCCCUUUUGGUGCGAGUGUCGCUCGUCUAAGGAGAAUCCAUCUCUUUAUCCUGAAGCGACAGGGGUGCUCAAUGCCCUUAGACGGAAGGGUGUCACAAUGGCUGUUGCAUCUAGGACUCCAACUCCGGACAUAGCCCGAACCUUCCUCAAAAAAUUAAACAUCACGGAUUACUUUGUAAAUAUGCAAAUUUAUCCAAGUUGGACUCACAAGGUGGAGCACUUCCAAAAAAUUCUCCAGAGUACAGAAGUUCCUUACAAAGAUAUGUUAUUUUUUGAUGACGAGGAUCGCAACAUUCUUUCGGUCUCUCAAUUGGGCGUAACAAGUAUACUGGUAAACGAUGGCGUGAAUUUGAAAGCUCUUGCUCAGGGUCUUCAGAAACACGCUCGUCCAAUUGCUUCGUCUUGAUGUUAUUGUGCUGCAUUCCAAGCAUACUGGACCUACUGGAUGGCUUGACAAACUCCCCCAUCUGCACGUAUGGUCUUGUCAGCAUGAGUGGGCCACAGUAGACAGACAACGUUUAAGAGAUUUUGUUUCAUUUACUUGUGUAUUGUCACUGACAUGUAAUCGAACACAGGGUACCCAAUUCUUAGUUAUAUUUAAUAUAAUAAUCUGUAGGUUGGUUGAUGAGCGAAGGACGUAAGAAGUUAUUUGGCGUCAGUAUUCUCAUUUUGCCAAGAGUUGCUAAUUUUAGUGAUCCUAAAUUGAACCGUUAGCCAAAUUGGCGACACUAGAAUAACAAUAAAGCAUUAAAAUGAUACAUGGACAAUUUGUUAAACGAAAAAGUUAGGAAUAAUUUCCAUGGGGCUUUCUUGAUUGGGGAUGUUUCGACGGGGGAUGAGUGUCGUAGAGAUGCCUGUCAGGGACAUGUUACUCUCCCUUGAGACGUUUCCUUGGCAUAUUAUUCUAUCUGGGACGUUCUUCUCUGAACAUAUAGAAAGUCUAGGCGAGAAUGCUUCGAUGUAGACGUAUUGAGGUGAGCUUCACGUCCCGAAAACAUAGUGGGACAUGAGAUAAAUUUACUCGCUUGUAUCAGUUGCCUUGAGUAUUUGUAAAAGUAAAAAGGAUACUGUUGAGAUAUA